AACAUCUCUGCUCACUCCUGCCUUACACUUCACGCCAAACGCCUGCUGCUCUCUCUCUCUCUCUACUGUACUAUGCGCUUGGCGGAUAGGCUCGGCGAGAGCUGAGGCCGGAGAAGCAGAGAAGACGACCAGUAGUCACCUUUUCGCUCGCCGCUCCUUCUUCUUCUUCUCCAUUCACCAUUCUCUCUUCCGGUUGUGCCGAUGGCGGAUGACCUCGCGUUCCGUCGCGGAAGGAAGGUUCCGCCGCUCGUCCUCGCUCUCGCCGUCGUGGCCGCGCUCGCGCUCGCGCUCCGCUGCCCUCUCGCCUCGGCGCUCUACGACGAAGGAAAAGCUUUGAUGACGGUCAAGGCAUCUUUUAGCGACGUGGUUAACGUGUUGCUCGGCUGGGACGGUGCGGACAAUGGCGACUUCUGCUCUUGGCGAGGAGUGCUCUGCGACAACGUUAGCCUCUCGGUCGUGUCCUUGAAUCUAUCUAACCUAAACCUAGGAGGCGAAAUUUCACCGGCCAUUGGGGAUUUGAGAAACUUGGAGUCAAUCGAGUUACAGGGUAACGAGUUGACAGGCCAAAUCCCUGAUGAAAUAGGAGACUGUUCUCUUCUGGUGUACUUGGAUCUAUCUGAUAAUUUGCUUUAUGGAGACAUUCCAUACUCGAUCUCUAAGCUUAAGCAACUCGAGCUUCUAAAUUUGAAGAACAAUCAGUUGACUGGUCCCAUUCCUUCUACCCUUACGCAAAUUCCUAACCUAAAAACUCUAGACCUUGCUCGGAACCAACUUAUAGGAGAGAUACCAAGGCUAAUUUACUGGAAUGAAGUAUUGCAAUAUCUGGGUUUACGUGGAAACUUUUUGAGUGGUAUGCUAUCCCCUGAUAUGUGUCAACUGACUGGUCUUUGGUAUUUUGAUGUAAGGGGCAAUAACUUGACUGGCACCAUUCCAGACAACAUCGGUAACUGUACUAGUUUUGAGAUCUUGGAUAUUUCAUACAAUCAGAUAACUGGCGAGAUCCCAUACAAUGUUGGCUUUCUGCAAGUGGCCACCCUGUCUCUGCAAGGGAAUAGGCUAACUGGAGUAAUUCCUGAAGUUAUUGGUUUGAUGCAGGCCCUGGCUGUUCUAGAUCUGAGUGAUAAUGAAUUAGUUGGACCAAUUCCCCCAAUACUUGGAAACCUGUCCUAUACUGGAAAGUUGUAUCUCCAUGGGAAUAAGCUUAGUGGACCGAUACCUCCAGAACUUGGAAAUAUGUCAAAACUCAGUUAUUUGCAGUUGAAUGAUAAUCAGCUUGAUGGUCCUAUUCCUCCAGAACUUGGGAAGCUAGAGCAAUUGUUUGAGUUGAAUCUUGCAAACAAUAACCUUGAAGGACCAAUCCCUGGUAAUAUAAGCUCUUGCACAGCGUUAAAUCAAUUGAAUGUGCAUGGAAAUCACCUUAGCGGUUCUAUUCCCUCUGGUUUCAGAAAUCUUGAGAGCUUGACUUACCUCAAUCUUUCAGCAAACAAUUUUAAUGGCAGCAUACCUUCUGAACUGGGGCGUACCAUCAAUCUUGAUACAUUGGAUCUCUCAAAAAACAAAUUUACAGGGGUGGUUCCUCCUUCUAUUGGUGAUCUGGAGCAUCUUCUCACGCUGAACUUAAGCAGAAAUCAUCUUGAUGGGCCAUUGCCAUCAGAGUUUGGGAAUCUCAGGAGCAUACAGAUCAUUGAUAUGUCAUUCAACAAUCUCUCUGGCACCAUUCCUGCAGAAUUGAGCCAGUUGCAGAACAUUGUAUCUCUAAUACUGAAUAACAAUAACCUGGAUGGAGAGAUUCCGGAUCAACUUAGCAAGUGUUUCAGUCUCACCGUAUUAAAUGUAUCCUACAACAACUUAUCAGGAGUUGUACCGGCUCUUCGAAACUUUUCACGAUUUCCUCCCAACAGUUUUAUAGGGAAUGAUUUAUUGUGUGGUGAUUGGGUGGGUUCUAUAUGUUACCGUUCUGUGCCAAAACCCCGAGGAAUUUUCUCCAAAACUGUAGUUGUUUGUACGAUGGUGGGAUUUCUCACUUUGUUAUGCAUGGUAAUCGUCACCAUUUACAAGUCCAAGCGCCCGGAUCAACCGGUGAAGAAUUGCAAGACGACCAUGCAGUGUCCUCCAAAACUUGUUAUUCUUCACAUGGAUAUGGCUAUCCAUACGCUAGAUGAUAUAAUGAGAAUCACUGAGAACUUAAGUGAAAAGUAUAUUGUUGGAUACGGUGCUUCAAGUACAGUAUACAAGUGUGUAUUGAAGAAUUCCCGGCCAAUAGCAAUUAAGCGACUUUACAAUCAGCAUCCUCACAAUUCGCAAGAGUUUGAGACUGAGCUUGAAACCAUUGGAAGUAUCAGACACAGGAAUGUUGUCAGCCUUCAUGGUUAUGCAUUGUCUCCUUAUGGAAAUCUCCUUUUCUAUGAUUACAUGGAAAAUGGUUCCCUGUGGGAUCUUCUUCACGGACCACCAAAGAAGGUAAAACUUGAUUGGGAGACACGCUUGAAAAUAGCUGUUGGGGCGGCACAGGGACUUGCGUACCUUCAUCACGAUUGCAAUCCUCGGAUAAUUCACAGGGACAUUAAAUCCUCUAACAUCCUGCUUGAUGAGAAUUUCAAGGCUCACCUAUCAGAUUUCGGAAUUGCUAAGUGCCUCCCAACUGCAAAAACACAUGCCUCGACUUAUGUGCUCGGAACAAUUGGCUACAUUGACCCUGAGUAUGCCCGGACAUCUAGGCUGACUGAAAAAUCGGAUGUCUACAGCUUUGGUAUUGUCUUAUUGGAGCUCUUGACAGGGAAGAAGGCUGUUGAUAAUGAGUCUAAUUUGCUUCAAAUGAUACUGUCCAAGGCUGAUAAUAACACAGUAAUGGAAGCUGUAGAUCCUGAGGUCUCUGUCACAUGCAUGGAUAUAUCGCUUGUGAAAAAGGUAUUCCAGCUUGCUCUAUUGUGCACUAAGCGCUACCCUUCAGAGCGACCGACAAUGCAUGAGGUUGCAAGGGUGUUGGUCUCUCUCCUUCCAGCGCCGGCCACGAAGCCUUCUUCUGGCUCUAUCAAGACCAUAGACUAUGCACGGUUCGUUAUAAACAACAAAGGACAGCAGCAAUUGAUGAGUCAGCUGCCUCAAGUUCAUCAGGAGGAUAGUACAUCGGAUGCUCAGUGGUUUCUUCAGUUCCGGGAAGUUAUUUCCAAGAACACCCUUUGAGAUUUUGUACACACUAAUUUCUACUUUGGGGAAGAAAGAGGAAAUAGGGGCUUAUAGAUGUUGAGGAUGCAGCUGCUUGGGUAGUGUUCUCGAUUAAUUACAGCAUAGGAUUGCUUCGUUGAGGAGGUUUAUCUUUUUGUCCCCCCAAACAUUGCUGACCCCUUCCCCUUUAUAGCCGAAAUUUUUGGGGGAUGAUCCUUGUGGGACUAGUUUAACUUGAGAGGAAACAUUAAGUAAAGUUUAGCUUUUUGUUAAGAGCAAAAGGAAAAUGUAAAAAGUGAAGAUGGUAGAUGGUAGAUUUUCUCUAGG